AUGGAUCAAGUCGUCGUAACGAAUAACGCGGAUACAGCGCCUCCUUAUCCGCUUCCUAUAGUGAAUUCUGAGAAUGUUGAUAAUGGGAAUUCCGAAACUGAAAACCAGGACGUUAACGGCAAUAUCGAAGACAACCAUGUUGGUGCUGACAAAGGAAGCAACAACAAUUUUCGGAACGACAGUGGUAGUGCUAUUGGACAGAACCAGAUUGCCGCUGUUCUAGAAGAAAUGAAGAAGGUGGAAAGAGUAAUCUUGCCACUACCUGAAACGAAAGAACAAUUAGAAAAUUUGAUUUAUCGUUACAGAUACAUUUCUCAAUAUAGAGAUCAUAAUAAGCUUGAAGUUGAGGCUAUUGAACAAAUUUUCACCCAAAUCUCGGAUAAACAGGAAGAGUACAAGGAAAGGCUGCUGAGGUUAAGAGAAAACGCAGCCAAAGAUAUUCAGUGGGACGAAAAGUUGUUGAAGGAGCAAAUGGUAAGCUUACAGCUUUUGAGUAAAGAUAUAAAUAUACCGGAUGGCCUCUUAGAGGAUGAUGAUGAUGAAUCAGUAAGUUCCGACAGUUCUGAUAUCUCGGUACAACUGGAGAAGGUUAAACUUUCUGUUGAUUUCGACGAAACAAGUGUGCGCUUAGGCCUUCCCGAAGCUUUAAGCAACUUUCGUCUUAAAUCUGGAAAUGAAGCCUCGCUUGGAGAUUGGGAGGUUGAAAAAAUAAUCUCCACACUCAUUGCGAAAAGAAUUAAACAACUUGAAAAUCUACCCUCUAAUUUGGGAACAUAUUCUUUAAAUGAUGCGCUUGAUUUUGUAACUAAAGAUGAUAUUCCUACCGGCGCAGACGACUUCAAGUUAAGAGCUUUGGUGGAGCUCAAGUCCUUGAAAAUGCUAACGAAACAGAAAUCUUUGAGAAAGAGGCUGAUUGAAAGUGUUGCAGCUAAAUCGCAUAAUAUCAUUCCAUCUCUCCGUGACUCUCCUUAUACUUUAGCAGCUCAAAGAUCCAUUCAUGUUAGACCGAAGACCAUCGUUCCACAAACUGCUAGAUUAGCAGAAGAACUUGAAAGGCAGGAAUUGGUAGAAAGCAGGAGAAGAGAAAGAAACUUACGGUUACAAAGGAUCAAUAAUAUUGUAUCAAGUAUCAACGAAAGAUUGGAGAAUGAUACAACACAACGUGAUCGCUGUUAUCAAAUGGGUAGAUCUAUCGGAAACUUGCAUGGUCAUUUGGAGAAAGAUGAGCAGAGAAGAAUGGAAAGAACUGCCAAGCAACGUUUAGCAGCCUUGAAGUCCAAUGAUGAAGAAGCAUAUUUGAAAUUGUUAGACCAAACCAAAGAUACAAGAAUUACACAUCUAUUGAAACAAACUAAUUCUUUCUUGGAUUCUCUUGCUCAAGCGGUUAGAGUGCAGCAAAAUGAGGUACGCAUCAAAAGGGGUGAAGAAAUUCCUCCAAUCACGGAUGAAGAAAGAGAAAAAAUUGAUUAUUACGAGGUUUCCCACAGAAUUAAGGAAACAGUAGACAAACAGCCAAGCAUAUUGGUUGGAGGCACGUUGAAAGAGUAUCAACUAAAGGGUUUAGAGUGGAUGGUGUCUCUAUACAAUAAUCAUCUUAACGGUAUUCUCGCAGAUGAAAUGGGUCUAGGUAAAACAAUUCAAUCCAUCUCGUUGAUCAGUUAUCUUUAUGAAAUAAAGAACGAGAGGCAACCAUUUUUGGUGAUUGUCCCUUUAUCCACCAUCACGAACUGGACUAUAGAAUUCGAAAAAUGGGCACCUUCUCUAAGAACCAUUGUGUACAAAGGGAACCCAAACCAACGUAAGGCUUUGCAACAUACAAUCAAAAUGGGAAAUUUCGACGUGGUUCUAACUACUUAUGAGUACAUUAUAAAGGAUCGUCCACUGUUGGCCAAACACGAUUGGGCUCAUAUGAUUAUCGAUGAAGGUCAUAGAAUGAAAAACGCUCAAUCAAAACUAUCUUACACGUUGACACAUUACUACAAAACAAAAAAUAGGCUAAUUUUAACGGGUACUCCAUUGCAAAAUAAUCUACCAGAAUUGUGGGCUCUAUUAAAUUUUGUUUUACCUAAGAUCUUUAAUUCCUCAAAAACAUUUGACGAAUGGUUUAAUACACCAUUCGCGAACACAGGUACUCAAGAAAAGCUAGAAAUGACAGAAGAAGAAACGCUUCUAGUUAUUAGAAGAUUGCACAAAGUUUUACGUCCAUUUUUGUUACGUCGUUUGAAGAAGGAAGUCGAAAAAGAUUUACCUGACAAAGUUGAGAAGGUUGUGAAAUGUAAGCUAUCAAGUCUCCAGCAGCAACUAUACGAACAAAUGUUAAAACAUAAUGCUUUCUUUAUUGGUGCAGGAACAGAAGGUGCAACCAAGGCUGGUAUCAAAGGUUUGAACAACAAGGUCAUGCAGUUAAGGAAGAUAUGUAAUCAUCCAUUCGUUUUCGAUGAGGUUGAAAAUGUUAUCAACCCAACGAGAGAGAACAGCUCCAUUUUGUAUCGUGUUAGUGGUAAAUUUGAACUUCUAGACCGAGUUCUUCCAAAAUUUAAAGCGUCAGGUCAUAGAGUAUUGAUGUUUUUCCAGAUGACUCAAGUUAUGGAUAUCAUGGAAGAUUUCUUAAGGAUGCGAGACCUUAAAUAUAUGAGAUUGGAUGGUGGUACCAAAGCAGAGGAUAGAACUGGAAUGUUAAAACUGUUUAAUGCACCCGAUUCUGAGUACUUCUGCUUUUUACUUUCUACCAGAGCUGGUGGGUUAGGUCUAAAUUUGCAGACUGCUGAUACGGUCAUUAUUUUCGAUACUGAUUGGAAUCCUCAUCAGGAUUUACAAGCCCAAGAUAGAGCUCACAGAAUUGGGCAGAAGAACGAAGUUCGUAUUUUGAGAUUAAUAACAACCGAUUCCGUCGAAGAAGUUAUUCUAGAGAGAGCAAUGCAAAAAUUGGAUAUUGAUGGUAAAGUUAUUCAAGCCGGUAAAUUUGACAAUAAAUCUACUGCUGAAGAACAAGAAGAAUUUUUGCGUAGAUUAUUGGAAGGUGAUACUAACAAAGACGAUGAAUAUUCUGGUGAAUUAGACGACGAAGAAUUAAAUGAAAUUCUCGCACGUACUGAAGACGAGAAAGUGCUGUUCAAAAAGAUUGAUGAAGAACGUGUAGCUAAUGAGAAGAGAGAAGCCAUCGAUUUAGGUUUGAGAAAGCCACUGCCGAGGUUGAUCACCAAGGAAGAGUUACCUUCAGUAUUCACUGAAGAUAUCACUGACCAUUUGAAUGUUGAGCCUGCUGCUAUUGGCAGAAUCAGAGAAAGAAAGAGAGUCUAUUACGAUGAUGGUUUAACAGAGGAACAAUGGUUACAAGCUGUCGAUAAUGAUGAGGACUUAGAUGAAACCAUUGAACGUCAAAGAGCUGCUCGUGAAAAACGUCAAAGAAAACAAUUAGGAUUGGAAAGUCUAGAAAAUAGCGUUGAGCCUGAAGAAUCUUCCUCAACAUCCAAUACUGUAAUAUCUGCUGAGCAAGCCGUAACUCCUGCUCGUGAAAAUGGUAGAACUCGUUCUAGGAGAAAGGUUGUCGCUACUCCUUCGACUACUCCUGAAGAGGAGUCGGAAUUGGGUGAAGAGAAAGAAGCGAAACCGGUAAAACAAGAUGCAGGACCUUUAAAAAAGAAGAUCAAACUCAAGCUUAACAUGAAAAAAGAUGACGCUCCCACCAAACGCAAAGAAGAACCACCUUUAAAAGAUAAAGUCGAGGCACUAUUGGCUUUACUAAGAGAGUUAACUGAUCCAACGGAUGAGCAUUCAAGAACUUUCAUUUUCGAAAGAUUACCUUCAAGGAAGGAGUAUCCGGACUACUACAAGGUUAUUGAGAAGCCAGUAGCAUUAGAGACGAUAACAAAGAAGUUGAACAAGAAACAAUACCAAUCUAUCAACGAAGUAAAGUCGGACUUGGAGACCAUGUUCAAUAACGCUAAGCUUUACAAUGAAGAGGGUUCCUGGGUCUUCAAUGACGCAGAAGCCUUGGAAGAAUUUGCGAUUGACUGGUUCUCGAAGAAUGAGUAA